CGGCAGUACGUCAACAUGACGUAACCUCAGGAAGUCAGAGGUUUUAUUUAUUUAAUUAUGGGUUUCAGCCAAGUGGCUGUGGUCAUGCUGGAGCACCAGAAGACGAUUUCAUUCUAGCGGUAUCAGCGACAGGGUCAAGUCCUGUGAUGGAAAGGGUCGUGGAGUAGAACAUGUGAGUACACUUUAUUAAAAUAAUCUGGUGAAAAAUUGAAAAAACAAAGGUGCAGUUGUUGAAAGAAUGGGACAAAGAAACGGAACGGAAACCAAGCAGUCAGUAGAGCCAUCUAUUGGAGAAUUCAAGAAAUACAAUCAUAUCAAGGGAAAUAACUUCUACUUUACUUCAACCUCGGUCCAGUUAAAUUAUUAAGGUGAUUGAAUUACCAAUCACUGAGUCGUUGUUUAUAUCUGAAUACGAUAAGUUGACGAAGAUUUACUCUAAGGUGAUAAUAACACUAAUAAUAAAGUAAUUAUGUGAACCUCUCGAUGUUACAGUAAUUAUUUUGAAGCGGAAACUUAACAAUGUAAGGAAAAUAAGUUUGCCGCCUUAAAUACUGACUUCCAAACUGAAAUGUUGAAAUGCUGCUUCUGAAACCCUCUGAUCGACUGUUAUAUGUGAUAUAAAGGAAAUUGAUUUGUAAAGUGAGAAUAAUACAUGAUCAAUUAGUUAAAUGAGAAGAAACCGAUCGAAGAAUACCACAUUAAUUUAUAUUGUUCUGUUGUUUAUGAAACACUAAUUAAACGAAUAUCACACCCUGUUGGCAUAAAAGAAAUUUCUUACAUCGGAUGUGCAUUUGAUAGUUUUAUCAACUUACAUUGACUAAAGGAAAACAAUAUAUUUAUAAGAAGCAUUCAUCAAACAAAAUCUAUGACACGAUGGAAAAAUAUUUCUUCUAGACAAUGGAAUUAACAGCAGCAUUUUCUUGUCUUUGCUGUCUGGAAUGUAGAGAAGAUGAUCGCUUUACAGGUUAAUUAAACUUGGAUAUCUUUGCAAAGGAGUUGACAAUUUACAUCUGCUGUUUUAGAUAAGCAAGGUCACAGAUUCAAGAAACAUCACAUUGAAUUAUUCCCUGAAAAUAGUGACUUACCUGAAUACAAACUUCAUUGUGACAUGUAUGACAAAUUAUUCUCUCAUAAUGAAUGAUUUAACUAAACAAGAAAAACCUCAUACAGGAGAGAAGCCACAUCACUGUAUUAUCUGUGGUAAAUCAUUCUCUCAAAGUGGUGACUUGACUAAACACAAACGUACACAUACAGGAGAGAGGCCGUAUCAUUGCAAUAUGUGUGGUAAAUCGUUUUCUGACACAAGUCACUUGAAAACACAUGAACGUAUUCAUACUGGUGAGAAGCCAUAUUGCUGUGAUAUCUGUGGCAAAUCAUUCUUCCAAAGUGGUAACUUAACUAGACACAAACAUACACAUACUGGAGAGAAGCCAUACCAUUGCGAUAUCUGUGGUAAAUCUUUCUCACAAAGUUGUGAACUGAGCAGACACAAACGUGUUCAUAUGGGUGAGAAGCCAUAUCAAUGUAAUAUUUGUGGUAAAUCAUAUUUUCAAAGUGGUGACUUGACUAAACACAAAUAUACACAUACAGGUGAGAAGCCAUAUCAUUGUGAUAUCUGUGGUAAAUCAUUUUCUGUUAGAUUUAACUUAAAUAUACACAAACAUACACAUACAGGAGAGAAGCCAUAUCGCUGUGAUAUCUGUGGUAAAUCAUUCUCUCGAACUAGUAAUUUGACUGCUCACAAAUUCAUUCAUACAGGGCAAAAACCAUAUCAUUGUGAUAUCUGUGGUAAAUCCUUCUCUGUUAGAUUUAGCUUAACUAUACACAAGCAUACACAUACAGGAGAGAGGCCAUACCAUUGUGAUAUCUGUGGUAAAUCAUUCUAUCAAAGUGAUGACUUGACUAAACACAAACAUACACAUACAGGAGAGAAGCCAUAUCCUUGCGAUAUCUGUGGUAAAUCAUUUUCUCAAAAUGGUAGUUUGACUACUCACAAAUUCAUUCAUACGGGACAAAAACCAUAUCAUUGUGAUGUCUGUGGUAAUUCAUUCUCUCGUAGUAGUCACUUAACUAAACACCAACGUACACACACAGGAGAGAAGCCACAUCAGUGUGAUAUCUGUGGUAAAAAAUUUUCUUCCACCAGUCACUUGAAAAUGCACAAACGUAUUCAUACUGGGGAAAAACCAUAUCAUUGUGAUAUCUGUGGUAAAUCAUUCUCUCAAAAUAAUCACUUGACUAAACACAAAUGUACACAUACAGGUGAGAAGCCAUAUCAUUGCAAUAUUUGUGGUAAAUCAUUCUCUCAAACUAGUCGAUUGAAUAUUCACAAGCAUAUUCAUACAGGUGAGAAGCUAUAUCACUGUGACAUCUGUGGUAAAUCAUUCUCUCAUAGACCUAACUUGAAUGUACAUAAAUGUAUUCCUACUGGAUAGAAGCCAUCUCAAUGUGACAUUUGUGGAAAAUCAUCUUCUCCAGAAGUCCACAUGCACACACAUGUGGGUGUAACUGUAUGAAUGUCAAAAUUUAUUACAUAACAACAAUUAUGACUAUUUCGUCUGCUAAAAGACAGGGUUUUUUCCCUUCAUCAAUACUGUGAAUGUGAACCUCAAAUUUUUGAUAAUCAAUAAAAAAAAAUGUUGACUCUGAGAUAACUUAAUUACUGAAAAUGCCUGUGAUUGGAUUUUGAGGAAUUUGUUAAAAAAAAAAAAUAAUGACUAAAAAAUUU